GGAAUGCAAAUGAGUUAUGGCAUCGGGCCGCCGCGCCGCCGCCUGAGGGAGGAGGGAGCGGCCGCGGGCCCGGCCCCGCCGGCACCGGCACCGGCACCGGCACCGGGACCCCCCUGCGCCCCCCGCCCGUCCCCGGAGGCGCCUGGGCCAUGGCCGUGGCCGGCGGGAGCCUCUCCGCCCGGGCCGCAGCUCUAGCCUGACCCCCGCUGCCUCGCGGCACCCCGGCGCCCCGCCAUGGAGAACGAGCAGCUCCCGGCACCUCUGCCCUCCAGCAGCGCCGGCGGCACUGCCACAACGCCCAGCAGCACCGGCACCGCGCGCCCGCCCGCUCCCCAGAUCUCCGUCUACAGCAGCAUCCCUGACCGCCAGACAGUCCAGGUGAUCCAGCAAGCGCUGCACCGGCAGCCCAACACGGCGGCGCAGUACCUGCAGCAGAUGUACGCGGCGCAGCAGCAGCACCUGAUGCUGCAGACGGCCGCGCUCCAGCAGCAGCACCUCACCAGCGCCCAGCUCCAGAGCCUGGCCGCCGUCCAGCAGGCGAGCCUGGCGGCAAACAGGCAGAGCGGCUCUUCGGGCGCGAACGGCGCCCAGCCGGCACCGCAGCAGCAGCCCACGAUCAACCUGGCGACGUCACCGGCGGCCGCGCAGCUCCUGAACCGGGCGCAGAGCGUGGCCCCCGGCGCCUCGGGCAUCGCGCAGCAAGCCGUGCUGCUGGGCAACGCCGCCUCGCCCGCCCUCACCGCCAGCCAGGCCCAGAUGUACCUGCGGGCGCAGAUGCUCAUCUUCACGCCCACGGGGCCCGUCAGCGCUGUCCGGCCCGAGAGCCCUGCGCCCGCCCCGCCGCCCGCCCCGCCGCCCGCCGCACCGCCCGCCGCCCCCCAGGUGCACAGCCUGGCCCUGCGCCCCGCUGGCCCCCACCUCCCUGCCCUGGCCAUGAAGCCCCCCGGCGGUCCCCCACCCCGGGCCGGCCCCCCUCGGGGCCCCCCACCUGACCCCCCCACCGAGCACCUCAAAAAAGCCGAGGGGCCUGACGCCCGCGCCCACCCCCUGGCCCGUGCCACCGCCCCCGCUGCCGCCCACCCGCUCGUCACCCCAGCCUAUGCCCCGCUGCAGCCCCCCCAGUUCCUGCAGCAGCCGCCGAAGCCGAUGCCGCCGCAGCCGCAGCAGUUCGUCAUCCAGCAGCAGCAGCAGCAGCAGCAGCAGCAGUUGGCGCCCCGUGGGCAGCCCCCCCCGGGCCCCCCCGCAGCCCCCCAACUCCAACCCCUGCCCCCUGCCAGCCCCGGCCCGGCCCCCCAACCCAAAGCAGGGCUCCCCCAAGGAGCGGGGGGUGAAAGCGGCCCCCCCAACGGUCACCCCGGCUGCCACGCUGCCCCCCGCAAGUUCCAGCACGCCUCUGCCGUCAUCCUGCAGCUGCAGCCCGCCGGCGCCACGCCCCCACUCGGGGUCCCCGAGGGCGCCCGCCGGGACCCGCUGCCCGCCCCGAGGAGCGCUGAGAGCCCACCCGCCGCCCCGCCGCAGCCCCCCGCCCUCUCGCCGCCCGCUGCCCCCCCGGGCCCUGACACCCCCGAGGGCGAGCGGCCCCCCACUCACGAGCCGCCCGCCGAGCGCCUUCAUGCUCAGCCCCCGCCGCUGCCCAGCGUUCCCGGCAUGACCUCGGGCACCGGGAGCUCUGCCUCCACCGUCGCCGGCGCUGCCCCCCACAAUGGUGAGAACAAACCGCCCCAGGCCAUCGUGAAACCCCAAAUCCUCACCCACGUUAUCGAGGGCUUCGUCAUCCAGGAAGGGGCAGAACCGUUCCCGGUGGGGCGCUCCUCGUUGCUGGUGGGAAACCUGAAGAAGAAGUAUGCGCAGGAGCUGCUGGCUGAGAAACUCCCACAGCAGGACAACACCACCACCACCGACUCCGAAAUGGAGGAACCUUAUUUACAAGGCGUCCCUCCGCGCCCCCCAGAAUCCAAAGAGGAGGGGAACCCCCCCAAACUGAAGUGCGAGCUCUGCGGCCGCGUCGACUUCGCUUACAAAUUCAAGCGCUCCAAGCGCUUCUGCUCCAUGGCUUGUGCCAAGAGGUACAAUGUGGGGUGCACGAAGCGGGUGGGUUUGUUCCACCCCGAUCGCAGCAAGCUGCAAAAACCCGGCGGUCCUCCCCACGGCCGCCGCCGGACCUGCAAGGGGACAUUGCCCACCCUCAGCAAAGACACCAAGAAGCAGCCGCCGGUUUCUCUCUCGCCGGGUUCGGUGCCUCUUUCCGUGACGGCGUCGUUGCAGCUCAACCACAGCCAAGAAGAUUCGAGUCGUUGUUCGGAUAAUUCGAGCUACGAGGAACCGCUCUCCCCCAUCUCGGCCAGCUCCUCCACGUCCCGCCGGCGGCAGGGCGAGCGAGACCUGGAGCUGCGUGAGAUGGAGCUGCCCGACGUCCACGUCCGCGACCUGGCCAGCAUCGGCCACCGCUUCCUGCCGAGCGAGCCCAGCAAGUGGAACGUGGAGGACGUCUACGAGUUCAUCCGCUCGCUGCCGGGCUGCCAGGAGAUCGCGGAGGAGUUCAGGGCGCAGGAGAUCGACGGGCAGGCGCUGCUGCUGCUGAAGGAGGAUCAUCUCAUGAGCACCAUGAACAUCAAACUGGGGCCGGCCCUCAAGAUCUACGCCCGCAUCAGCAUGCUCAAGGACUCCUAGAGCCGGUUGGGUGGCGGGGCGGGGGGGGGGGGCACCCAUGGGACACCCGUGGGACACCCUCCCCUCCAAACCCCUGCCCAGCUGUGGGGAGGGGGGCUGGUGGGGGGCGGGGGGGGAGUCACUUCUGAGCACAACCCAACCCCAGGGCACACACACACACCCCACACCCCCCACCCUCCCCCCCCCCC